CGCCUUGCAGGUCUCCCCCGAGGGCGCAGGGGCCUACACACUGGGGUCCCCUACCUCUGCCUUCCCAGGCACAGUGCCUUUACCCACUAUUACUACUGUACAAGCCCCAAUGAUGCUUCUUUUUUCUAUCACUCAUUGAUUUGAAAAUCAGAACUCCUGUAAGAGAGGGAGAGAUGGGAGUUCCCCCUGCUGGCUCACUCCCCGGAUGUCACACUGCCAGGACUGGGCCAGGCGAAGUCCAGGGGCUUUGCCAGGUCCCCAGUGUGUAGCAUGGGCCCACGCACUCUGGCCCUUUUGCUGCCUUUCCUAAACCGUUAGCAGGGAUCUCAAAUCGUUGCCCAUAGUGGAUGCCAGCAUCACGGAGCAGCUUGAUCUACCAUGCCACAGUGUGGCCAAGAAGUCUUUUAUUUUUACCCCAAAAUGUUUCCAUUUCAAUUCAGGAUCUGCUCAACUUUCAGGCAUUGUGUUCAUUUAUCAUAAUUCUUUAGAGUUUUGAUAUCGGUCCUUAACCGCCUUACAACUUAGACAUUUUUAAAGGGAUUAUAAGUUAUCCCACAUGGUGAAUUUUUCUUGAUCAUUCCCUCAUGAUUAAAGUCAAAUCCAACAUUUUUGGCCAGAAUGCUACUUUGGUAAUGCUGUAGAUCUCACUGUGCCCACCAAGAGAUACCUUGUGUGGGGGCCCCAGUGUCUGCCAGACCAGGCUGGGCCCCUUGGCUGAGGUGUUAGCUUCCAGAUCUUUGCUUCAGUGCUAAGCGCACUGAGCCCACAUGUACAUCCUCAGUGAGGUGUGUCUGUCACUCAGUCGCUUCUUGAGCCACUGAAUGAUCUUUGCUUGCAUGGCAACAGGUGCCAGCUGCCAGUACCAGUGCUCCAGGGACCAGGAGAACUCCAGGGACCACGUCCGAGGACGUGAAGACACUCAGCGAGGGUGAGCCGAGUGUAAAAUCCGUCGUCUCUGGAGACAUUCAAGCCAAGGUUGGACAACCGCUUUUCCAGAACUGAGAAGAAACUCAUGCAUCAAAAAAGGUGACUAAUACACAUAUGAAAAGAGUAUGGCUGGACAAAUACCAGAAUCUGAUCAGAUAAAGCAGUUUAAGGAAUUUCUUGGAACCUACAAUAAACUUACAGAAACCUGUUUUAUGGACUGCGUUAAAGAUUUCACAACUAGAGACGUAAAGCCUGACGAGACUACCUGUACAGAACAUUGUUUACAGAAAUAUUUAAAAAUGACACAGAGGAUAUCCAUGAGGUUUCAGGAAUAUCAUAUCCAGCAAAAUGAAGCGCUGGCAGCCAAGGCAGGCCUGCUCGGCCAGCCCCGAUAGGCCCUCACGGUGGACUUUGGGUGAGAGAUUGCCAACCAGGGGUUGCCCUGAGAAUGAGGAUUCCUCUGCCAACAGCCCCUGGAGCAGCGGGUGCCACGGGAAACCAUCUGUCCUGGCUGACCAGCAAAGGAAACCACUGGAGAAACAAAAAGUGCUGUUCAUCAGACCUAACUGAAAUAGAAGGCUUUACUCUUAAAUAAAAAUGAUAGGAUGCCACGUGUUGUUGAGGCCUUAUAAUGCAGCAGUUUGGUCACUUCACUAGAAAAAUAAACCAUCAUUUAUUCA